AUGGCAAAGUCAAUCAAGAUAGAACAAUUACUCCUGCAGAAUCCAUCAACAUCCUUCAGUGAUAAACCACGACCGCGAACGCCCGCCGCCAAGAUAAAUGCAAUCCAGAACCGUCUGCCGGCGCAUCGUCCGGGACUGGUGCUGAAGACUCCCUCUACAGCUCUCGUGUCGGCAAGUUCGCCAGCAUCUGAGCGGUUUUCAUGGGAAUUCGACAAAGAGGAGUCGGCGUCCAAUCGACGUCGGAAACGAAAAUCGCCCGUCGAGGAUGAAGUGUUUGCGACAAGAAAAGCUAUCAGGCUACCUAGAUUUUCCGUCAACAUCUUCCACUCCGAGCCAGUCAACGUCUAUCCUAUUCCCAACGAAGGCGUGGUUCCGCGAAUGGUCAAGUAUUAUUUACAAGUUUGGGCGGAGCAACAUGGUCGAGCACUUGCUUUUGAAGGGCAUCCCACACCGUACCGCUCACUGGUGUUUCCGUACGCCCUGGAGCACGCUGUGCUGUUCGAGGCCAUGGUAGCGCUCAGCCGGGCGUCAUGGCUUUUGCAAGAAGGCAUCCCAUGGUCCAAAGACAGCGCACUUGCAUAUCACCGUGCCAACGCCUUCGCCGCUCUUCGCCUGAGGCUGACAUCUGAAGUAACGUGUGCUGACGACACCACCAUCUGUACCAUUGCGGCGCUCACGACAAUCGAUUACAUGCUCGGCGUCCACGAGGGUGCAGAGAAUCAUAUCAAAGCCAUGCAGCAAAUUCGCAAGAUUCGCACUGAUCUCAAGGGAGACACACCGUGGCAAUACUUUGUCAUAUCUGCCAUGAAAGCUUACGAUGCCCUGUGGAAAUUUGUCAAAGAUAGAAACGAGGCCACCACCAGCAUGGCCCAGCUCUCGAUCGAUUCACCCCUGCGUAACGAAUUACCCGUUUAUCCCUCUCUCCCGUUCAAUAUUAAGGUUUGCGAGGCUCUCUCGAAAGUGUCGACCUCGUUCAACGACAUGGCCAUGGCAGGGGAAAUGUCUAUUCAAAUGAUCGACAUUCUUGCGAACUUAUCUAGCACCGCCCGGGGCGAUGGCAGCGCCACACCAACCAGCUCACCGCCGAGCUCACCAGGAGGACGGAACUUGCUGAAUACAAUCGCUGAUCUGCGGUGUUUGUCGGUGAUGGCCACCACCUCGAUCGAACACAAGCUCUGCUUCGGUGUGAUUGGGACCUGCUUUACCCUACACUUUGGAGAUGGGAAAAUCGGUGAAGAGUUCAACGAGACACUCCAGGAGCUUGAGGACACACUCAUCGGCAAUGGCAAGCCCCGGCCGCAGCAAGAGAAAGCCCAGAAGAGCCAUCGAGAGUGUCUGAUUUGGGUAGCUAUGGCAGCGGCGGGUGCACUCGAGCAGUCCGAACUGCUGUCUGCCAUGAGUAUGGUGUUGGAUCAGACUUUGGACAAAUACCCAGAAGAGGCCGCCCAGUGGGAGACACUGGAGAGGAUAUUGAAGAAAUUCUUGUGGAACGAUCUUCUAGCACGGCAUUGGAGAAGAUGCUGGGCCAGAGCUGUGCAUCGUCGGUCGAAGGCACGAUGA